AUGACAGUUUAUCUGCCCGGUGAUAAAAUCGAGCAGCCUUCAUCAAGCAAUGUCUCCAUAGUCGGUUACGGUAUUAAUGUGAACGACGAGAAGCUGGUGGCAAAUCAGCCUGGAGCUCUGCGAACAGCUGACAAUAAAAUUUGGCUGAAUGUGCACAGCAAGCGUUAUAUUCCGAACGAAGGCGAUCGUGUGAUUGGGAUUGUCGUCUCAAAAAUCGGCGAUUUUUUUCGCCUCGACAUUGGAACCGCCGAAUUAGCAGUGAUAAAUUUCACCAAUUUUGAAGGAGCCACGAAAAGGAAUCGACCGAAUUUGAAAACUGGCGAUAUUAUUUAUGCGCAAGUUUUCGAUACAACUCCUAGGACGGAAGCCGAGCUUACUUGUGUCGACGAUGAGAAGAAGGCGCGAGGAAUGGGCCAAUUGAAUAACGGGUUCAUGUUCAAGGUUUCUCUUAAUUAUGCUCGCCGAAUUCUCCAUCCAUCUUGUCAAAUUCUGAAGACGAUGGGAAAAUUCUUCAAGUUUGAGAUCACCGUUGGCCUAAACGGUCGGAUUUGGAUCAACGCUGACACGAAUGAUGAGAUUAUUCGGAUUUACAAUAUUAUCAUUCAAGCAGAGCAUGUUACUGGCGAUGAAUUGAUUGAACUCGUCAAGGAUCUAUAUAGUAAAUCAUCGGUGGCGAAAAUGGAAGAAUAA